AUGGAGCCCGACAAGGGGACAUCGCGGAAACCCUCACCACCGCUCACGGUGGAUUCAGCCGAUGGGAGUGAUACGGAAAGCAAUGGACCUGUCUACGAUUCAGCCUUUAAGAAGUACGUCCCGGUGCAUCAGUUUGUGAGUUCGCGGCAUCAGGAGUUACUGAAUCAGUACCCCCUUCUGUACUACCCGAAUCAGUUGAUGUGUGCUGCUGCAGCUGCUCAGUAUGCAGCCUUGACGCAGCAUUCAGGCUUGCUGACGAAUGUUUCGUCAGAUGGGAGUUUUCAGUCUCUCAGUAGCUUAGCAGGCUCAAGUGUUAAUCCCUUUGUGCCGACUAGUCAUUCCUAUAAGCGGUCUCAUGCCCCAUUGGCUGCUGAGAAGGCACAUCAUGCAUCAGCUGGUCAUACAAAGGCUACGCAUCCGAGGGAAAAAGAUUCAGGGAUAACCUGCUCAGGUGGGAAUGGAGAUAACGGUGCGUCUGGGAAGCAGAAAACAUUUUCCUGCCAGGAGUGUGGGAAAGUCUUCAAUGCUAUGUACAAUUUAACGCGGCACAUGCCUGUUCAUACAGGAGCUAGGCCAUUCGUCUGUAAGAUCUGCGGUAAAGGAUUUCGGCAGGCUUCGACGCUCUGUCGUCACAAAAUCAUUCAUACGUCUGAGAAGCCUCACAAGUGUCAUACAUGCGGUAAGGCCUUCAAUCGUUCUUCAACCCUCAACACGCAUACACGCAUUCAUGCGGGGUAUAAGCCCUUUGUGUGUGAGUUCUGUGGCAAAGGAUUCCAUCAGAAGGGCAACUACAAGAAUCACAAACUAACACACAGCGGUGAUAAGGCGUACAAGUGCAGUAUCUGCAACAAGGCCUUUCAUCAGGUGUACAACCUCACCUUCCACAUGCACACCCACAACGACAAGAAGCCAUUUACGUGCAAAAUCUGCGCCAAAGGGUUCUGCCGCAAUUUUGACCUCAAGAAGCACAUGCGGAAGCUCCAUGAACCCGGUUCGGAGUCACGUAUUGAACGAGCUGAGAGGCAAGCAGCCAGCGAAGGUGGUGGAUCGGGCACAUCAAGCUGGUCUGUAGCCUCCUCGACAGCAGGGAACAUCCACCAUCAAUCGCUAAGCUAUCCUGGUAGUACCUUCAUGUUGUCCGGCGGUGCUCCGUCGCUCGAUGCUCCCUUCAUUGCAAAAGUCUUUUGA